AUGGCUGGCCGUGCAGUAGAUUGUCAGCAUGUGCGCCCACGGAGGUUCGCACCACUCGAUUCCACCAAAGCAUCGGAUGCUCCGCGGCUAAAGGGAAUCGUGUUCGAUGUCGAUGGAACCUUAUGUCUUCCACAGCACCACAUGUUCACUGAAAUGAGAGAUGCGCUCGGAAUAGACAAAUCAAUCGAUAUUCUCCACCAUAUCCAAGCUCUCCCCACUGCAGAAGAUCGCGCCGCAGCCGUCACGAAGAUCCAAGACGUCGAGCGGCGUGCCAUGAUCGACCAGAUCCCGCAGCCAGGUCUGGUAGGAUUAAUGGAAUACCUGCAAUCCCGCGGCUUGAGACGGGCACUUUGUACACGGAACUUCGAAUCCCCUGUCCGGUACCUUCUCAACAAUCACCUACCAGAGCAUAUUUUCCUGCCCAUCAUCACGCGCGACACGCCGAAUGUAAUCCCGAAACCAGACCCAGCUGGUAUCCUGCAUAUUGCACAGGAAUGGGGCUUGACUAAUCGGGCGGAGAAUUUGAUUAUGGUUGGUGACAGUAUCGACGAUAUGACGGCCGGGCAUAAGGCUGGUGCGGCAACGGUGCUGCUUUUGAAUGAGAAGAAUGUUCAUUUGCGGGAACAUGCUCAUACUGAUAUGUGUAUUGAUCGGUUAGAUGAGUUGAUUGAGAUUCUUGAGCAGGGGUUUGUUGGGCAGCGGUAA